CCCCUUUCAACCCCCCAUUCUAAGGUAGCUCGACAAUGCCUCCUUCACCGCUCAGACUUGAGAAUAUACCCGUGGAGAUUUUGACUCGCGUUUGCCAAUAUGUCGGACUUCUGCACCGCCCCAGCCUCUUAUCUUUCGCACUUGCAAACAAGCGUUGCCAUUCCCUUGCAAAGAAGUUCUUCUUCCACACCAUCCAAUUCUCAACCGGCUUCUUGCGCCAGUUCGAAUUGGACGUCGGCGAAUGUAUCCGCAUUCUAGACAGAAAUGAGGCAUUCUCCGACGUCCGCAUUCUGCUCAUUACAGACCGCAGCCAACGCAACUGGAGGCUUGACCGCGCUCUUGUAUCGGCCCACAGUGGCACCGGAUCUUGGUCCUUUGGCCUGCCGCUGAGCGUAUCCGAGAUGGUCGAUGCCGACAAGGACAGGCUACAAGGCCUUGAGCGCCGCUCUAGCCUCGUUCUGGCCGAGACCCAGAAAAAGUCCCCCGAUAUCACCAGUCUGACGCACACGGCCUGGCAGCAGUUGGCCCGCCUUCUGCAAAUGUUGCAGGGUCUCGGGGACUUGUUGUACGCGGGCGAAUCCCAGGUGCCGCCCUGCCUUCUCCAGGCACUCCUCCAAUUUCGGCCGCGCUGCCGACUCCACGUCUUCACUUUCACCCUGCGCAGCCUACUGCUUCCCGAAACCGACCCUAACGAGCUGGCUCUUGUGACAGCGCCGUGCCUCUAUAGCAUUUGGAUGUGGUACCGAGAGACGCAGGGCUACGACGACGACGGUCUGCCAUCGUACGAGGCCGAGGCCGUAUAUAGCAUGGUGACGGGUCUGGCACCAAACCUGAAAGAAGCACACUUGUUCCGGGAAGUUGGGCACACCAUCGGCUAUGGCGAGGAACCGGAGCCUCCCUGUCCGCCAUGGAAGGGCUUCACCAAUGUUGGCCAAGACUUCACCCGCAUCCCGGCGCGGCUCGAAUCUCUCACGCUAGGACUCAACCACUGCCUGCCCUUUUCUCGUUUUCUCCUGGAUAAGGACGUUGUGGACGGCUGGAUAACAAAGACGAAUCUGUCCUCCCUCCGCGCCCUGAGGAUAAGCCGCCUCGUCAGCCAUGGGGCGCUCGAGAGUCUCAUAGGAGCUAACAGCUUCCCGUGUUUGACAACGCUGUUGUUCACUUGCGCAGGACAACAAGACCAUGCGUACUACGACGGCAUUAAACAGUUCAUACACGGUCUACCCCAACUCACCAGCCUAGAGAUCAUCGCGUGGCCACCCGAUGAGUCUCUAAGCGCGGCUUUACCCCACGGUCUACGGGAGCUGUGGCUGCGAACACAGGACGUGCUGGGCCAGGGUUUGGACCAAGCAGCCAUCCUUGAACUUGCGACCUGUUGCCCACGCAUCGAAACGUUGGCCCUCAAAAUCCGCAGGUCUCGAGGCAGCGCCGCCGAGGUUGCUCUAUACCGAGCUCUCGGCCGCUUCGCGAACUCCCGCCGCCUCGUCCUCACCCUCGACGCGUCCCCUGCCCCGUGGUUUCCAGCCACGACCCCCCACGAAGAACGAUCGGACGACUUUAACACGGGGGCUGUGACCUUCGACACUGCCGUCGACCCGUCCUUCGACGACUCCGACAAGGAGUAUUUGGACGACGACCUGUUUCCGUACCGCCGCGGCCACAUCCGCGACGUCUUCAUCAACACGGCCGUCGACGAGACGCUCGCGCGGGCCAUCUUCGACACGGUUUGCGCCGCCAAGGCCAGCGCCCACGGCCACGGCGCGGCCCUCGCCCUGGAGCGCGUGAUGAUUCAGGCCGAAGGAGGCCGGUCCUUCCCACACCGGGGCGGCAUGAUGCCAACGGCCUUUAACUUGAUUCCUUAUAUGCAGGCUCUCGGUCGUUGCUGGCUGCUGGAACGAGACAUGCGCGAUGAUGCCCGCCAUGUGGUCCACGCGCGGGAAAUCCACGGGGAACUGCGCCUCCGGAUGCUGCGUCCGUAUCGGGAUGAUGACGAUGGUAGUUAUGAAGAUGAGAGUGUCUGCAUGUCCAUUUUCCGGCGGAUCUGGCCUAAGAGGCCGGGCGGGGAGGCUCAGUGGUACAAUGAUUGGCACAGCUGGCCCCUGUCUGAGACAGCGUAGGGUUGCCAGGCAAGAAAACGGAAACCGACUGUGUCCGAUGGGCCACGGUUGGUGGUGCUAGCUGUGAAUGUGACCAAUGGACUGCUCCAUGGUUCCAUUGUAAACUGUGUCAUAUUUAGGUACUGAUACA